UACAUGGAAGCAGAAAACCACACGGAAGUAUCACAAUUCCUCCUCUCGGGACUCUCAGAUGAUCCAGAACUGCAGUCCCUUCUCUUUGGGCUGUUCCUGUCCGUAUACUUGGCCACUGUGCUUGGAAACCUGCUCAUCAUCCUGACCAUCAUCUCUGACUCCCACCUCCACACUCCCAUGUACUUCUUCCUCUCCAGUUUGUCCUUUGUUGACAUCUGUUUCAUCUCCACGACAGUCCCUAAGAUGCUGGUGAACAUCCAUGCAUACAGCAAAACGAUCUCCUAUAGAGGGUGCCUCACUCAGGUGUAUUUUUUUGUGGUUUUUGCUGGAAUGGAUAAUUUCCUACUGACGGUGAUGGCCUAUGACCGCUUUGUGGCCAUCUGUCACCCUCUGAACUACACGGUCAUCAUGAACCCUCGUGCCUGUGUCCUCUUGGUCCUCAUAUGUUGGUUCAUCAUUUCCUGGGACUCCCUUCUUCACGUUCUAUUGGUGUUACAGCUGACCUUCUCCACGGGGACUGAAAUUCCUCAUUUCUUCUGUGAUCUGCCUCAGGUUCUCAAGGUGGCCCAAUCUGACACCCUCAUCAACAACAUUAUCUUGUAUGUGAUGACAGCCCUGUUGGGGGUGUUUCCUGUCUCCGGGAUCCUCUACUCUUACUUUCAGAUCAUCUCCUCCUUAAUGAAGAUGUCUUCCAAUGCAAGAAAGUAUAAAGCAUUUUCCACCUGUGGGUCUCACCUCAGUGUGGUCUCUUUGUUCUAUGGGACAGGACUGGGAGUCUACCUCAGUUCUGCUCUCACCCCAUCUUCCAAGAGAUUCUCAAUUGCCUCAGUGAUGUACACGGUGGUCACCCCCAUGCUGAACCCCUUCAUCUACACCCUGAGGAACAAGGACAUGAAGAGGGCCCUGGAGAGACUCCUCAGCAGAGUGGCCUCUUGUCCAUGA